UCUCAAGUUUUUCUUGCGGCAAUGUGAUAACGACGACUUUGCCACGUAAGACAAAAGUUAUUUCUCACCGCCGGCGAGCGUGGAGUUGAAGGGAUAAGUUAAAGAAGUGGAAGGUUUGUGAAAGUGAUUGCCCAGUUUCUAAAGAAGUCUGGAGUAAAGAGCUUAAAACAGUAAAUAUUCAAUCUAGUUUGAUUUUUCACCUCAUAUUCUAGGGACGCCAUCCACACACAUGCUACAUUUGGUGCAAUGAGUACAGACCAAAAGAAACGAACUUUGGAAGCAUUGGAGAGAAGGUUUGCUGUAGCUAGAACUGAGCUGCUUCAGCAACAAAAAAAGAGCCAAAAACCGAGAUCGAAUGAGGAAUAUGAAAAAGAAAAUAAUACUAAUACCAAUCCUUCCUCUUCUCUUGUUUCCCCAGCAAAUCUUCCGGCUACUCCAGUUACUCCCUCUUCAAAAAGCUCGCUUAAACCAGAUUUAGAGGAAAAUAUUCCAGCAUAUUCACAGCUCACCCAUCCCGUACAUGAGAAUAUACUGACGGAAAAUGCGAAGUUUCAGAGUAAUAAGGGAAGCAAGGUGGACAUGAUUUUACAUGACCUUCUUCAGCAUGGUGAUUCUGCCCAGAAAUAUAUGCAGGGAUCUAGAAAUAAAAAACUCGACAAUUGGAUCCUUCUUGAUAAUUAUGUACAAGGGCGAGGCAAAUCUACUAAUUCUCGUAUUAGGGCUUUGGAAGCCCACUCAAAGCGGUCUAAAAAGCACAUGUCUAUGAAGCAACACAAGAAAUGCGGAUCAUUAAAUUUACCCCAACAUUCCCUAAAAUUUGACCAUGUUAAGCCGAGGCAUGAGAUGUGGAAAGCUUACAUGUUUCAGCUCCUCAAAAAUACUGGGAAAAAUCAGUUAGCUCAAUGUCUUCUUGGAGCAGAUCUGCAUGGCGCUAUUAUAUAUAUUGUUGACAGCAAGAUAGCAUCUUUCACUGGAGUUAGUGGUAUAAUGAUCCGUGAAACAGCGGAAACAUUUGGGUUAGUCACACAAGAAGACAAAUUUCAUGCUGUGCCAAAAAGAUCGUCUAUUUUUAUGUUCCAAGUUGAUUCCUGGAAGAUUACAUUACAAGGGGACAAACUCACCGGAAGAAAUUUGAGUCUGUGAUCAUCUUAGUUAGGUAAUUUAUCUGUAGUAUGCUGAUAUGAUAUUAGUUUCAAAUUGUAUUUGUUAGAUGUUGAAACAAUUAAGAAAGAAAGUUCAAAAUUUGAGUUUACUUAA